AUUUUAUUUUUAUUUUUGAUAUACUUAACAAAUGCACCUGAUGAACCGUUUAACACAGCACUUAAAAAAAAAACUUAAAACAAACCUAUACCCAAGAUUUAUAAUUUUUUGAUUAAAAAAAAAAAAACUAAACCCAAAAGUAAAAACCAGAUACGAAUACGACCAACUUCCUUCUCUGCUUAAGGUGCGCUGUCCACCGCCUCCAUAUUACCCGACCGACAACCGUAUUUACCCGUCGGCGUUGAAAUGCUUUCAGAACUUAAUUGAAUCGCAAAUUGUUAUGUGGUUGAAGUUGAAAAUCCUUAUUUGCGUGUUUUAACUUAUAUUUUUUGUUUUAAAAUUUAUAAUACAGUGUGUGUGUGUGUUUCCAUUGAGCUUGGUAGUACUUACCUUAGUGAAUACAUGUUAUACUCAGCUUCCAAAAUCCUCAAUGUCCACGAAAAACCAUCACAACGAUUAUUAUUAUUCAAAAUUUGUUCCAAACUAUUCCACUCACUUAAACACCAACAUGAACACCAACUGUUCGACCAUAUUCCCCACCCAAAUGCUUCCUCAAUUAACCGUUCCAUGCUCAAUUUCCUGCACAACAACCACCCCUUUCAAGCUCUUUCCAUAUUCAAGAAACACUCCCACUUUAAUUUCCUUCAAAAUAUCAACGAGGUAACACUUGCCUUGUCGUUCAAGGCUUGUUGUGGAGAGUUCAAUUUGGGUUCCCAAAUUCAUGGAUUUGCUGUUGCUACCGGGUUUGUUUCCCGUGUCACUGUGUCGAAUUCGUUGAUGAAAAUGUACUGCAAAGCUGGGUUGUUUCAAUGUGCUUUGCGUGUUUUCGAGAGUUUGAGUUGUCCUGAUAUUGUUUCUUGGAAUACUGUUCUUUCUGGAUUUGAUAAGAAUGUUGAUGCUUUGAAUUUUGCUUGUUUUAUGCAUUUAAAUGGGAUAGUUUUUGACCCUGUGACGUAUACUACUGCUCUUUCUUUUUGUUGGGAUAGGGAUAAGGAAUGGGAUGAUUCCGGGUUUUUAUUUGGGUUACAAUUGCAUUCUCUUGUAGUUAAAUGUGGAUUUGGUUGUGAAGUUUUUAUUGGGAACGCACUUGUGACAAUGUAUUCAAUGUGGGGUGGAUUAGAUGAGGCUCGAAGAGUGUUUGAUGAAAUGCCUAUUAGAGAUUUGGUUUCUUGGAAUGCAAUGCUUUCGGGGUACGCUCAAGAGGGGGAAUGUUAUGGGCUGGAAGCUGUUUUGUUGUUUGUCAACAUGGUAAGACAAGGUAUGUUGCUUGACCAUGUUUCAUUGACUGGUGCGGUUUCUGCUUGUGGUUAUGUGAGAAACUUGGAGGUAGGGAAACAGAUUCAUGGUUUGGCUCAAAAAUUGGGUUAUGGAACACAUGUUGCAGUUUGCAAUGUUUUGAUUUCGACUUAUUCGAAAUGUAAGGUUCUUAGAGAUGCGAAGGCGGUUUUUCAGCUCAUGAGUAGUCGAAAUGUAGUGUCUUGGACAACAAUGAUUUCUAUUGAUGAAGAGAAUGUGGUGUCUCUCUUCAAUGCUAUGAGAGUUGAUGGUGUGUAUCCAAAUGAUGUCACCUUUAUAGUAUUAUUGCAUGCUAUAACAAUCAGGAAUAUGGUGACAGAAGGUCUAAUGGUUCACGGGUUAUGCAUAAAAAGCUGCUUUUCGUCGGAACAAAAUGUCUCUAAUAGCCUAAUUACCAUGUAUGCCAAGUUUGAGUCAAUUCAAGAUUCAAAGAAGAUCUUUGAGGAGCUUAACUAUCGAGGAACGAUAUCAUGGAAUGCAUUAAUUUCAGGGUAUGCUAAAAAUGGCUUGUGUAAAGAAGCUUUUCUUACAUUUUUGUCUUCAAUACAGGAGAUAAAGCCCAACCAAUACACAUUUGGUAGUGUGUUAAAUGCCAUUGCUGCAGCUGAGGAUAUAUCUUUGAAACACGGGCAACGGUGCCAUUCUCACUUGAUCAAACUUGGUUUAAACACUGACCCAUUUGUUGCAGGGGCUCUGCUUGACAUGUAUGGCAAGCGUGGUAACAUUAGCGAGUCUGAAAGAGUAUUCAACGAGACACCCGAAAAAACCCAGUUUUCUUGGACGGGAAUGAUAUCUGCCUAUGCCCGCCAUGGAGACUAUGUGUCAGUGAUGAGUUUAUAUAAGGAAAUGGAGACGGAAGGAAGCAGUCCUGACUCCAUUACUUUCCUUUCUGUUUUGUCUGCAUGUUGUAGAAAGGGAAUGGUUGAUGUAGGCCAUAGAAUAUUUGACUCUAUGGUGAAAAAUCAUUCAAUUGAACCAACCCCUGAGCAUUAUUCAAUUAUAGUGGACAUGCUGGGCCGUGUGGGACGGUUAGAUGAGGCGGAAGAGUUGAUGCAUCGGAUUCCAGGAGGACCUGGACUGUCAGUGUUGCAAAGCUUGCUUGGGUCUUGUAGAUUACAUGGGAAUGUGGAGAUGGCAGAGAGGGUUUUAGAGAGUUUAAUACAAAUGGACCCGGGAAGUUCAGGUCCAUAUGUGUUGAUGGCAAACUUGUAUGCUGAGAAAGGGAUGUGGGAAAAAGUUGCUGAAGUGCGAAAAAGAAUGAGAGAGAGAGGAGUAAUAAAGGAAGUGGGAUUUAGUUGGGCGGAUGUUGCUACUGCUGAUUCCUUGCAUUUGCAUGGUUUCUCAUCUGGGGAUAAGUCACACCCAGAGUCUGAGAGUAUUUGUAAAAUGGCAGAGUUUCUAGGAUUGCAUAUGAUAUUUUCAAAGGAGAGUAGAGUGGAGGAAGGUGAUUGGUAUGAAGAAUUUGAACUGAUGAGCCACGGGUAGCUAAUGUAAUCAUAUUCAUUCAAAUAGAAAAUCUCGUGUUGAAUUGUGUUCAAUUCGUAUGUUAAAUGGGGAAUUUUAGAGAGAAAGGGAAGGAGAUGGGGACUUUGUUAAAAGAAUUCGUUCAAAGCCCUUAUUUUUUCAACUUCGGAGUUUCCCCAAAUUGAGGGGGUUUUAGCUGUGUACUCAUUUCAUUCAACUACCAAACUUACAAUUUUGCAAUACCCCCCCCCCCCCCCCCCCCCCAACCCGAUCUUUUUCUCUCUCCUUUCAUCAGCACAGACGUUUGUGAAUAGCUUGUUUUGAUUCAGCACAAUGCAAGGGGGAACAUUGUCAAUGGCUAACAGUGGUCCAAAUACUAAUGGACUAUAUACUGUGUUUGGAAGAGUAAUUCAUGGACUUGAAGUUCUUGAUCUCAUGGAAAAGACUCCAACAGUGGCAGGGGAUCGGCCACUUGCAGAGAUAAGGCUCAACCGUGUAACUCUGCAUUCUAAUCCACUUGCUGUGGUUAGACUGGUCUCUAUAAUUCAUGUAAAAUUGAAGUUUCUAUUUCCCAAAACAAUAUAGAUCUAACUUCUAAGUAAGAUGUCAAAGAGAACUCUUGCAUUCUGAAUUGAGUCAAAGAGAACUUGGUCAUAUUACUGUCUUCUGAUUUAAAGAUUCAUUUUGGUAAAAUAGUAAAUAAAAUGUACAUUGAACAUAUUCGAGGCAAGAUUGUGUUAUGGCACAAGUUACUGCAGUUGAUGUGACAAUAAUUCCAGUUGUGUUGCAAUUGUGAAAAUGUCAGGUUCAUUCAUAUCAUCUUCGAAAAAACCCAGUUUUCUUGGACAAGAAUGAUAUCUGUCUAUGCCCCCGCCAUGGAGACUGUGUCAGUGAUGAGCUUAUAUAAGGAAAUGGGGACGGAAGGAAGCAGUCCUUACUCCAUUACUUUCCUUUCUGUUUUGGUUGUAUCUUGGAGCAUAUCACUUUGUAUUUCAGUUAUUUUCAACCACAUAGGGUUACACCAUAUCCCAACUAUUGUAGUUUGAAGAGAAACUUUGCAUCUGUUUGGUGGCCAUGAUAAUAGGUAUGAUAUGAUAAUCGUGGAUGAGAUAGUGUGUAACUUCUCAGACUAUUUGUAAGCAUUGUUGACUAUCCAACCAA